GCCACAGCAGUAUAAAAAUGUCCGCGGCGAGCACGGGCCGGGCAUGGCACAAGCAAGGGUAAUAAUGGCCAGCCGCCGCGACACCACCGCAGCGCUCGCCAUAGCCAUCAUGCUCGCCGCGGCAUCGACGCUGUCCGUGGCCGCGGCGGCCGGCGAGCCGCGCAGGGGGCUGUGGGGGAAGGACAUGCCGGUGAACCCGUUCUGCCCGUGGGACGCCGUCAAGUUCGGCGCGUGCGCCGGCGUGCUCGGCGUCGUGGACGCGCAGGCCGGCGCCCACCUCGGGAGCAAGUGCUGCGCGCUCGUGGACGGGCUCGCCGCGGCCGAGGCGGCGGCGUGCUUCUGCACCACCAUCAAGGAGAGCGUGCUCGGCAUCCCCACGGAGUGGACCGUCGGCGUCAGCGUCCUCGCCAGCACCUGCAAGAAGGAGCUCCCCGACAGCUUCAAAUGUGUCUGACUGAAUCUGCAUUUUACAAUUUGUCUAGUGCUCCAAGUGAAGCAGCGUUGCAAUGUUUUGCCUAUAUUACACAAGUUUUGCAUUAUCCGCGAUUUGAUGUUAAUAUACUCCUCCGUCCCAUAAUAAGUGUAUUUUUGCACUGUUUAUAUUUAACAUUUGAUCA